CGAGGGCACUGGGGAGCUGGGCGGGCACGUUGGCGCUCCCAGAACCAUCACCCCCUACUUCCGCUCGGCCGAGGACACCAGACUCUGCCCUACUGGUCUCAACUGCCAGGUUUGGCCAAGGUUCCUGGCACCUGCUUGUCUGAGCCAGAGGACAAGCUCGUGCCCAGACCGGCAGGGCCAAGUGCAAGGGCCAAGCCCUUCGGAUGGGCCAGCGGGCUUCCUAUCUGCCCAGACUCCUGGGCUUGGCUCAGGCCUCUGGUUGUCUGUAGGGCGGCUGACUGGCCCGGUGCCAUGCCUUGUGCCCUCUUGGCUCUUCCUUAGCGUUAAACACGCCUUCCGUAAGGCAUCGGAUCCUGGGGUCGGGCCUGGAUGGGCCCUUAGACAUCCCCUAGAAGUCCGACUCCCUCAUUGUACAGAGAAGGAAACUGAGGCUCGGCAGGGGGCCACAGCCGGGGUCCUCAGUCUUCUGCCCGGACCCUUUCCCGAGCAGCAAAGUCUCAUUUCGUCUCAGCCCGGUUGGGGGAGGGCGGACCCCAAGGCCCACAGCUUCAAGCUCCCAAUGCCCUGAGCCCCAAUCUAGGUGGUCAGCGUAGAGAGCAGCCCAGAGAGCGGAGCGUCCUCCGCCCCGCCCGCACCGGCUCUGCUUUAUGAAUGGCGACCAGCAGGGGCUCCUCCGGCCCAUUGUGACGUCAUCCCCGUUCCAUUCACGGAGGGGGCUGGGGCGGGGCUAGGAGGGGCGGGGCCCAGUGGCGGGGCCGGAGAAUAAAGCCGGGAGUUGCGGGGGCGUCAUCCGCGAGGCCCCAGGAGCGCUCCAGCUGCCACUGGUGCAGCCUUCGUGGGCCUGCGUACGCCUGGGGCCAUGGUGACGGCCGGGGAACUGCGGGAGUUGGAGGGCCGCGCGCUACGGCGCCUGCUGAGCCGGGAAGAGCCCGGCGUCGGAGCCGGCGGGGGCGCGUGCCUGCUGCUGGACUGCCGGCCCUUCCUGGCGCACAGCGCGGGCUGCAUUCGCGGCGCGCUUCCCGUACGCUGCCACACCAUCGCGCGCAGGCGCGCCCCCGACGGCCCGGGCCGCCUGGAACAGCUGCUGCCGGCAGCCGACGGCCCCACCGCUGAGGCCCGAGGCCGCCGCCUGCGCGCCGGCCUUUACGCCGCGGUGGUGCUGUACGACCAGCGCAGCCGGCGCGCCGCCGACGCCCUGCGCGCCCCAGACGGCGCCCUGGCCUGGGUGGUGCGCGCGCUGCGCGGGGCCGGCAUGCCGCGCGCACCCGCCGCCCUCUACCUGCUGAGAGGUGGUUAUGAGAAGUUUUCUUUGGAGUACCCAGAAUUCUGUUCUCAAACCAAGUCUCUGGCUACCCUUUCAUCCCCUGUUCCCACCACCAUCCCAGAGCCUCCUGAGCUGGGCUCCAGCUCCUGUGGCACCCCGCUGCAUGACCAGGGUGGGCCUGUCGAGAUCCUGCCCUUCCUUUACCUGGGCAGUGCCCAGCACGCGGCACGGAGGGACACACUGGACGCACUGGGCAUCACCGCACUGCUGAACGUUUCCUUGGACUGCCCGAACCACUUUGAGGCCCAUUACCAAUACAAGUGCAUCCCUGUGGAGGAUAACCACAAAGCAGACAUUGGCUCCUGGUUCCUAGACGCCAUCGAGUUCAUUGACUCGGUCCAAGCGCGCCAGGGCCGGGUGCUGGUGCACUGCCAGGCGGGCAUCUCGCGCUCUGCCACCAUCUGCCUGGCCUACCUGAUGAUGAAGAAGAAGCUGAGGCUGGAGGUGGCCUUUGAGUUUGUCAAGCAGCGGCGCAGCGUCAUCUCCCCCAAUUUCAGCUUCAUGGGGCAGCUGCUGCAGUUCGAGUCCCAGGUGCUGGCCACGUCGUGCGCGGCAGAGGCCGCCAGCCCGUCGGGGAGCCGCGUGGAGCCGGCUGAGGCCUCCAGCCCUGCCUCCCAGUUCGUCUUCAGCUUCCCGGUGUCGGCCCCCAGCAGCCUCCCGUACCUCCACAGCCCCAUCGCCACCUCCCCCAGCUGCUAGGAGCCUCUGGCUUCCUGGGGCCCGCCCGGCUCGGGCGGCUGGUCCCGGGCAUUUUGGAAGGCCCGGCUGCGCGGCGUGGGCCGGCCGGCUCGCCGUGGCCCUCCUCGCUGCGCGCUAGGAUCCGACACAGCAAUAAGGGCAGGGCCGUCCCUCCCCCCAGCAGAAUCGGCUUCAGCCGCUCUCUGUGCACACACAGGCGCCCCCCAGGCUCAGGAGCGGGCCGCCGCCUCCUCCCGCCUUGGGCCGCUGGGGCCACUUUCUGCAUUUAAACGAGGGCAUCAUUUUUAUUCCAGAGAUCACAGGCAGGUGGAUCGUGAUAGACAAUAAAGAACACAGACAGUGAGAAGGAAUGGCUUCCUCAGGGUGAUGACGAGGGGAUCCCCCGGGGGUACCAAGCAUGAUGGUGGGGGCUCUUGGAGCCCCGGCACAGGGUCCCAGGCCUGCCUUGGGCUUGGGGCGGUGCUGUGGUGAAGGAAAGAACAGUCCCUGGGCCAGGCAUCUGGGCACGAUUUCCCAAGGCUCCUCCCUUCUCCAGGCCCCGCGAGGAUGUGCCGUCUCCUCUGGGCACACCUUCCCUGGCACCCCUGAGAUGCUCCUGGAAGCCCUCCCUCGCCACCCCCCAGGGCUCAGGGUCAGAGGAGGCCCGGCCUUCUUUACGCAGAGGCACACCUUGGGGUCCGGAGGGUCUUGGCAAGAGGGAGUGUCUCCAGGAUGUCUCUUGUCCCUACAGGCCUCGGGGCUCGUUGGGCUUGUCCCCACUGCUCUGAUGUGAUGUCCUCUCUAGAAAGCGGCCUCCGCAGCCCCCGGAAGGCCCUUGCUUAGCUCCUGUCCCGCUAGCAGGGGCCAUCGGGCAGCCCUUUGGUCUUUGCCCUGAUGCCCAGGAGGUCAGGGCCCCAGGCUUAGCCAGAGAGCCCCAGGCUCCAGCAACAGGCCGCUAGAGGGAGGGGAAGAAGGGCACUUGCUGGAGUCGCCGGUGAGUGACCCGUGGUCACUGCCCCUCUAGCUAUCGUGACCAGAAACUCCGAAUGCAGCUGCAGGAUGCCCACGUGCAUCCAUUCAUCUCAUCAUGACACACACUCUCUCCUCACGCACUUCCUCCUGAAUCCCAUGAGUAAGCGGCCCUAUUGGUGGGUCUUUUUGUCCUUGUUUGGUUCCCAGGGCCCCGAGACGUCAUCUAGUCCAGUCUGUCCCUGAAUGGGAAUUUUCCCUGCAACAGCCUAGAAAAAUGGGUCUCCAGCCUCUACUGGGAGCGCUUCACUGACGGGAAUGCACUGCUUCCCAAAAUGGCCAUUCCACUCUGUGAAGCCUCUGCGUGUGCCCAGGAAGCUCCUCUUAUUUCAAUACAUUUUUCCUUAUAGUGACCCCCCCCCCCCCCAUUUGGUCUCACCACAAGUCCCCUCACCAAUUCCUCCUGGUUCCCCACUCUGGAGCCAAGCAGAACCAGUCUAUCCUCUUGUACAUGACAGAUUUUUGAAGACAAUCGAUGCGUCCUCCUUGAAUCUUCUCUUUUCCUGGCUCCGAAUCCCCAACUCCUAGCCUCGUUGGGCCUGUUCUCUUGCCAUCUUGGUUAUUCUCUUCUAGACACCCUGGCCUGCCCCUGGCUUUCCCAUCCAGAGGGGACCUGUCUGCCUCCCUUGCUCAAGAUCUCGUUCAUUUCCUAGUGCCAUUUAAAAGAAUUCCCAAAUGAGAAAUAAAAUCAUCAUGGUGCAUGCCAUGAGAGAACUGCCCCGUCCCAAAGGCAGGACCUGAACCCAGAACUGCUCAAUGAGGCAAGUCCUUCACUGGGUCGCGCACUCGGCCUCCUGGGGCCUCGAUGUUCUAAGUUGCUAAGCAGAUGCUGAAAUCUGUAGGAGUUGAGGAAGCUUGCUCACCAUGAGUUCUUCAUGCUACUGAACUCAAAAGUCUAGUGAAAAAAAGGUUUUUAUUCCUCAUUGUCCCAUCCCUUUGGGACAUUUCUGUCUUCCAGCAAAGGAGGCCUUAAGCAAACCGUGAGGACCGUGGGCCUGUGGGUCCGUUGGAUGUUCAGCUCCUGUGCCCACCUGCCUGGGAUCAGAAGGCAGAGCUUGGGCACAAAGGGCGCUCUCUAGGGUUUAUUCGCCUAGUCGGGUGUACCGGGCUCGCCAGUAGCGAGACACAGCCCUCUGUCUUUCCUAAAGACAGUUUGGAUGCUCUGAACCCUUCCUCCUGGCGCUCCAGCUCGGCCUGGGUCCUAGCAGAUGGGGAGAGGACAGUUGCACCAGGACACGUGGGGCUGUCUUGAGAGUGGGCAGGUAGACAAGGAGAUAGUCCCCAGCUUCACAAAGGACGUUUGCUCUGUCCUGCUGGGCAGAGGACGGCGUCUAGACCUGCUAGUCCCGCUGUAUGUCGCUCAAGGAUUCAACUAGCGCCGGCUGGAUGUGCUCCGAGACCGUCUAGUUUGCCUCCCAGGGAACUCUUGCACUCGUCUUCCUUUUGGAGCCUGAGCAGGAGAGUAGAGGGAGCAAAGCAAUACUCCCCUCCUUCCUCGACUUUGUAAAUAGUAGCCUCCCUCUCCUUGCAAAGGAAGGUUAUGUCUUGAUGUGGCUCGUGUCUGCUGUGCCUAUGUGGUGUGUAUGGUUUAACUUUGCUUUGUCCUCUGCUUGUUUUUGUUUCCUUGGUGGCUUUUAUUUAUUGCUUGAAAAAGACCGUUUGGAGAAAAAUAAAUGCGUUUUCAACAAACAGAA